AUGAGCUCUCUGUACUUGUGUCGCGAUUGCUCCGGCGCUUUUCACAGUCUCGCCGAGUUACAGCAGCACGAGCGAGAGGAGCACGACGAGGAGGAGAAGUGUGGAGACGAGAAUGUCGAGGUCGGUUGCAAAACGUCGUCGUUCUUGACCCGGUCCCUCGUAGUGUAAUCCUCAUGGUUACACCCUUCUUCCCCAAGUGGGCGUGGCCUGCCGGAUUGGUGCGCGUUGGUGCCACGACGCUUACUUCUUCUUCUUCUUCGUCUUCUUCCUUCUUCUUGUUCUCCGCGCGUCAGCCGUUCUUACACUAACUGCUCCUGCCGCCGCCGCUACUGCUGCUCUUCCUCAGCCAUUUGCAUAUAUCCACCCCCCGCGUUUUUCCGCGCCGCGUCUCCUGGUACCAACAGGCACACGUCCCUCGUCGCCGAUCGACGGAGCCAAGAGAUGCUCAUAAGCGAUUGGAGGAGAUCCACCACAUUUUCAUAGUUUCGCCCAGGACCACUGAAAGUUUCGCCUUUUUUCGUGAUCUUCGCAUGAAUUUUGCCGGGUUUUUUUUCAACCAAAUUUCCAAUAGUAGCAAGUGCGCCCCGCCGAAUAGAGCGUAGAGCAUUGGCGCGAAAUGCAAAUUUUAACAGCGAAAUUUGUGUUUUUUGCCAGAUUAGCGACGAAAAAUCGAUAAUUUCGGAUUUUUCUCUCGAUAGACCGAUUGUAUAGGCUAUUACAAAUUUUUUAAGCGCAAGAGCGUUAAAUUUGGUCAAGUUUGAAGGUUUUUCGCUAAAACUGCGUGAAUUUCAGUUGCUUUUCGGUAAUUUUCGCGGUUCGAGCGCUCAAAAUGCUUGUAUUUACGUGAUUUAUCAUUCUCAAAACCAAUUCUGUCUGAAAACGAUCAAAAAAGCGCAAAAUAAAAAGUGCGGGUAUUAAGGAAAAAAAAACAAAAUUUCGAAAAAGCGAAAUCCGCGAAAAAUGCGAAAAAUGCGCCAAAACGUCUAUAAUUCUGCGAAAAUUAGUGUGUUUUCAUGUCGAACAUGCAUUUUUCGUCGCCUUUGACCACACAAACAUCAGAAAAAACCUGCCAUUUGGCCGCCGACGCCACGUCCAUAUUGUCCCUCCCGUCGUGAACCUUUUUUUUUCCUACCCCACCUGCCACUCUUUUUUUUUUGUUUUUUUUGGCCUUGUCUCCUCGUUCUCUUCGCUGCCUGUAGAGCCAUGAAAAAGUGGUCAACUAGCAUAAUGUUCACGACGAAAAUUUGGCACAUUUUCAUCAGUUGACAACUUUUUGAUAGUGUUUCAGAGUUUCAAAACAAAAAUACAGUAGAUUUUCAUUUUCAGAUGCCAGCGAUAAAAGUGGAAGAGGAUUCGUUGUCCGACACAGACUCUUCGCUCAUAAAUGCCACGACGGAAAAGUCGCCGUCGAUGGAAAAGGGAAGAUACGAGUGUGAGGACUGUCACGAGAUGUUCGCGGUCAAACGGGAACUCGCCACGCACAUGAGGAUCCAUAGUGGCGAGCAACCGCAUAGUGUCAGUUUUUGAGCUCAUUUAUACCAUUUUUUCAUCAAAAAAGGUUUGUUAAGGCUGGCUCAGCUAGCUUCAAUACCCUAGCGUUCAUUUGAAGCGAUAUAUCUCAGCUGUGUGUGGAGAUGUCAAAAUAUUGUCAACUGAUAAAGUGUAGAGAAUAUCCUAAUGAACAUUUUAUCAAUUGACAACUUUUUGAUAUCUCAACACACAGCUGAGAUAUAUUGUCUGGAAGUUCUAUUAAGCCAGAAUGAGCGUACAACUAUAAUAUGCCCGAACAUUUUGCAGUGUACCCAAUGCGGAAAAGAGUUUGGAACUCGUCAACUGCUCAAAAAGCACUGGAUGUGGCACACUGGCGAACGAUCACACGUGUGUCCGCACUGCAACAAGGCCUUCUUUCAGGUGAGCUCAAAUUUGGAUAUUGUAAAGUUCUACGCAGUGAUAUAUAUCAGCUUGAACGUUUUUUGUUUCAAAGCGUGACAUCUAACAGUGUAUUUUUGUAGUUUAUCAUUUUUUCCUGGGACCACUCCCCCGAGUACUGUAGCGCUUGGAAGUUAGGAACUUCCAAGCGCUACAGUACUCAGAGUGAUCAACUACAAAACUACUGACAAGCUCUACAAUAUCUUUUUUUUUAAAGACAACCAUGAGGCCUAAUAUUUGUUUUCCGUGCUCCAGACUCAAAAUGUUCUAUCUAUUGUCUUCUUCUUCUUGCAGAAAGGUCAUCUCACUCAACAUCUGAUGAUUCACUCGGGCGGUCGUCCGCACGAAUGUCCACAGUGCCACAAAACGUUUAUAUUCAAGGUGAGAUUUUUUUAAAAAAGAAAAAGAAAGACAAUUCAUUGCAGUUCGACCUGAACCGUCACAUGAAAAUCCACCAGGAACGUGGUUUCUCGUGUCAACAGUGCGGACGGUCGUUCCUCAAACAGAUCAUGCUCGACGAGCACCAUCUCAAGUGCAAAGGGAAGCCGUCGUCGCCGAUCCGAUCGCUGCUGACGCCCACGAUGAAAGCGGGCCUCGCGGGUCUCGAAACGACGUUUCCCGCCGCCAAAUCCGCCGCCGAAACGCUCAUUUUAUCGCCGGAGACGAUCGCGAAAAUGGCACAGAGACUGUUUGCUCAGCAGCACAACGAACGGAGUGCAUUUAACACGUUACUCGUCAAACAGGAGAACAACAAUAACAACAACAAUAAUAAUAAUAAUAAUAGUAAUAAUAAUAAUAGUAAUAAUGAGAUGAUUGUGAGCAAAACGCCCGCAACUUUUGAGCACCAUCCCAACGGUUCGUUUGGCUAUGCAACUUCAAAGUCAUAUUACCAAAAACGCAAAUUUUCAGCACCCCUCCCACUGCAAUGUAUGAUCUGCAAGACGCAUUUUCCGACGCAGUCCUCGUUCACCCUGCACAUGUACAUGUACCACGUGGCCAACCAAUCGUCGAUCUCGCUCGACCCGUCGGUUCUCUCGUUCUCCUCCACCACCAACUCGUCCACCACUUCGCAACUCGGAUCCGACGCCGAUCCGGCGACAGACACCUCGUGCGCCUCGUCGCCUCAAAAACCGUCUCCGCUGCAGCUGCUCGAGGGCGGCUCGUCGUCGUGCCUCGAACAGAGCUCCGUCAGCCCGUCGAGUUCGUCGGGAGCGAGUCCGCAGCCGACGGCCUCCGAAUCGUCGUCCUCCUCGUGCAAAGAGUGCUCCAGUUGUUGGCAACGAGUGCACGAGUUAGAGUUGCAAGUGAGCAAGAAGGAGGAGGAAUUCGAGAACUAUCGUCAAAUGACCAGACAGGUGAGCGUUUCGCUUCCUAUGGGGUUAUUCAGGCUGUGAAAAAAAAAAUGAUUGUUUUCCGUUUUUUUUUACGUCAAAAAAUCCAAUUCAGCGAUGUAAAAAAACGGGAAAAAAAACGGAAAACAAACAUACGCUGAAUAGCCCCAUUACAGAGCGCGUUCUGUUGGAGUUCGGCGGCCAAAAACGUAGAAAGGGGCGUGGCCUAGCGUGCACGGUUUAUCACCAUUUUUGCGCGAAAUUUUUCAUGUUUCUAGUCAAAAAUUACCCAAAUUUUAUACGAUUUUGACGAUGUAAUUGCCAAAUAACUUUGUUAAACUAAUCAUCGCGCGCACUUUUUUAGCAUAAAACGAACAGGUUUCAUUCAGAAUUAAAUCGAUUGAAUCGAUUUUCAAGUUUUGUGCAGAAAAUGCGUGAAUUUCAGUCAUUCGCCGACACUUUUUGCCGUUUGAACGCUUAAAAUACUUGUAUUAACGUGCUUAAUCACUUCCGACACUCACUUCGUCUCAAAACUAUCCACAUCGGCCGCGGUAUGAAAAUUCCGAAAUUGCGGCGGCGAUUGGCCGCGGAGAGCCUAUUGCGAAAUAUGCGAAAAACGUCUCAAACGCGGCGGCGUUUUCACGAAAAUUUCAAUGUUUUCUCUCUUUAAUGUGCUCUCUUCUUUCGUCGAUAUCGCACACAAAAAUAACGGAAAAGUGCUGGAAUUGCGGCAAUUUUCCGAAAAAGCGUCUCAGAUUAGGCCACGCCCCCCCCCCUUUCUACACUUUUUCAUCGUUUCCCUCGUUGCAGCUCGUCGCCAACGUCUCCAACUUCCUCACCACCACUUCUCCGGACAACGUGUUCAUGUUGAACGCGGCGAAUGUGUUCAGUCAGCUCAAAAACACUCUCUAG